AGUAUUGGUUUAUAAAUUGAACGCGUGCUACAUUUUGGUUAUUGUGAUUAAAAAGUGAGGAAUGGGGUUCCAAAUGAUUGUUUUAACAUCUUUCAUAGUAGCUUUGGUCGUGGUUCAACAUGGGAAUUGUCAAAGGGUUAAUGUUGCUACGGGUUUCGUUGAAAGAAAAGGCAUACAUUUUAUUCUGAAUGGGAAGACACAUUAUGUGAACGGUUUCAAUUCUUAUUGGUUAAUGUACAUGGCAUCUGACCCAUCUACAAGGUCCAAGGUCACUUCCACUUUUCAACAAGCUUCACAACAUGGUUUAAACGUAGGAAGAACAAUGGCUUUCAACGAUGGAUGUUAUAGAGCCCUUCAGAUCUCUCCUGGUUCUUAUGACGAAAAUGUAUUCAGGGGAUUGGAUUUUGUGAUAUCAGAAGCAAGAAAAUACAAAAUACAACUUAUACUGAGCUUGGUGAAUAACUGGAAUAAUUUUGGAGGCAAAAAUAAAUAUGUCCAGUGGGCAAGAGAACGUGGUCAAUCGGUUAAAACUGAGGAUGAUUUCUUUACACACCCUAUUGUUAAGCAAUACUACAAAAACUAUGUUAAGGCAAUAAAGAACACCAUAAACGGGUUGUUAUACAAGGAUGAUCCAACCAUUUUCGCUUGGGAGCUUAUAAAUGAACCCCGUUACAUAAAUGAAACCACUGGAAAAUCAAUUCAGGGUUGGGUUAGUGAGAUGGCGGCCUAUGUCAAAUCCAUCGAUAAGAAACAUUUGCUGGAAAUAGGGCUUGAAGGGUUCUAUGGUGAAACAAUGCCACCAAAUAUGCACUUCAAUCCCAACUCUCUUCAAAUUGGAACUGAUUUUAUCUCCAACAAUCAAGUUCCUGAAAUCGAUUUUGCCACCAUUCAUUUAUACCCUGAUCAAUGGUUACAAGGCUCAAACGAGACAACCCAAAGUGCAUUUGUUGAUAAAUGGAUAGAAGCCCAUAUCCAAGAUUCAAAUACUAUUUUAGUAAAGCCAAUUCUUGUAACAGAGUUUGGAAUGUCUUCAAAGUCACCUGGAUAUAGCAUAGGUAAAAGGGAUAGUUAUUAUAACAAAAUAUACAAUGACAUAUAUAGAAGUGCUAUCAGGGGAGGGUCAUGUGCAGGAGGGCUUUUCUGGCAACUCAUGUCUCAAGGAAUGGGUAAUAUGGGAGAUGGCUAUGAAGUUAUUUUUGAGGAAACUCCUUCAACUGCUCUGCUCAUCAAACAACAAUCUUUGAAGAUGUCAAAGAUCAAUCACUAGAAUGGGGAAAAAAGCUUCUCAACAAAUUGUGCUUUAUAUCAUAGAAAAAAUUAUAAAAUUUAUUUAAAUAUAUAAAUAUUGCUUGCGGAUAAUUUCAUUAUUCUUUUGUGCACCCUUUGGAGGGCAUUGUUGCUACUUCUCGUGAGUCGUUUGCAUAUAAAAUAAUUUAGGGAUUUUUAGAGAUAAGUUUUACUGUAUAAUAGUGCAUCAGUGUCAUAAAUUUUUUAAUCAAUAAUUUCUUUUUUUUAAUUUGUUUA